AUGAACGUCGACAAACUGACGCUGUGCAAUGCCACCGUUGGCAGCGAUUCGGUCAUGCAACGAGUCUAUCAGGUCGCAACGAUUCCAGAUGACACCCGAAGAUUGAUCGCUUUGCGUAACAAACGUCGACGACAGUGGUACAGGAGAAGAGAUCCCAUCUAUCAGGACAUAACGGCACUGAACCGCAGGAUUCGCGAGGAGUGCGAUCAAGCCAACUUUAAAAAGUUCAAAGAAACCCUUAGCACACUGAACGACAACCGCGACACCCUCUGGCGGAUCACUAAGGCGCUGCGGAAAACCUCUAAAUACAGUCCCCCCUUGCGACAAGGUGACAACAUCAUAGCCUCUCCCACAGAGAAAGCGCAGCUACUAGUCACGAGCUUCGCAAAGGCUGAAACUGCUACCGUGGUGAACGAGUCCAUCGCAUUCAUCGACCACACACAGCUGACUGAUGCUCACUCUUGGCUAAUUCGUCCGAAGGAAGUUGCUCGUAUCAUACGAAGGCUUAAAUCCAAAAAGUCUUCAGGCCAAGAUAACAUCCGUAACUGUGUGCUCAAAAAACUGCCCCGAAAAGCGCACAUCUUUCUCGCCAAAAUCUUCUCCGCUUGCAUUAGACUUGGAUACUUUCCGAACAGCUGGAAACACGCUGUAGUAGUUGCCAUUCCCAAGCCCAAUACGGACUCUACGAACGCGUUCAACUACAGGCCAAUAAGUCUGCUGCCCACUUUCAGCAAACUGCUCGAACGAGUGAUUCUAAUACGCAUCGAGCAACACCUGGAAAACACCCACAUUAUUCCUGACGAUCAGUCGCUGGAAUCAACCGUCAGCAAGACGCCCAGCCGCAACGCAAAAUCGCUACUCAACAGCACCGACGUCACGAUUCCGAAGGAUGUCGAGCUGCUACUAAGUAUGGGAAGAAAAUUUGCGCUCCCAUACACGAACAUGAACGAACUUCCUAUUUAUCACCUGAUAGCUGAUGUGGAGAGCAUCAUUCAAACAAACAGGGUGGAGGAAAUCCAGGAGCGCAACAGGUGUGCGGUUGCGAACCAAAUACAGAAUUUUCUCCACGCAGAAAGAGGAAAGGAGAAACACGAUCCGACAACCAAUUUCUAUCGGACCACAACGAAAGCAACCAGAGAAUUCCUGACACAACAUCCGGAAUUAGUCAUCAUCGAAGCCGAUAAGGGAAAUAAGACGGUCGUGAUGAAACGAGAGGACUACGAUAGGAAAUUGCAACACAUGAUCGACGACGAAGACACAUACCGGAAGUUAAAUCGAGAUCCAACAUCAACAUACCAGAAACGCAACAACGAAUUCGCUAAACGGCUAGCGGAAUUGAAACUCGUCGACCGUGCCACGGAAAUGCGGUUAAAAACGUACAAAGCUACUUCCCCACGAAUAUACGGUGCCCCAAAAGCACACAAAGAGGGCCUACCACUUAGACCAGUGGUACCGUGUAUGACGUCACCGUCGUACACACUGUCGCAAUUUGUGGGGAAGAUCAUUCAAAAAUCUAUCGUCGGCAGGUACAACGUAACUGAUUCGUUCAGCUUCUGCCAACUAAUAAACAACGUGCAGCUUCCUCCUGACUACGUCCUAAUAUCCUUGGACGUAGUGUCACUGUUCACAUGCAUUCCCAAGGGCUUAGUGAUACGUGACGUCAUCGACAACUGGGACAACAUAAAGAAAAACACCGACAUCAAUUUGGACUUAUUCCUUGAGAUUACCGAGUUCUGCAUAGACUGUAGUUACUUCCGAUUCAAAGGGAAAUAUUUCCAACAGGUGUGUGGAACAGCGAUGGGUAAUCCACUCUCCCCACCAUUGCGGACCUAG